AUGGAAGAAGGCAAUUUACUAUCUUCUUCAUCAGUCCAAUCGUUUGAUGAAUCAUUUACUAACCGACCCGAUAGCCCAAGUGAUAAAAAUGAAAUCGAAACUUCUGAAAGGUUAGAGAAAGUAGUUGAAGUUAUAAAAGAAAAAUCUAAUAAUGAAGUUACUUGUAAUGUAUUAAAUGAUUCUAGUAUAAAAUGUAAUGCACAAUUAAAAAUUGUAGGAGGGUCAACUUUGAAAUUAAUAUCUUAUUUAUGGAACUGUCAUGGUAUUACGCAAGACGGACAUGGACCAGAUGAUAAGUUACUGAAAGCCACUGGACAUCACUGGAACUUCCAUUCUAGUGGCGAAAAAUCUUCACUGGAAUGGUCCAGUGAUAUUCAACCACUGGAAGCCCAAUUUCAUCCAGUUAAGUCCAGUAACCUUCCAGCUCCAGUAAUUCCCACCGGAACGUUCCA